UGUGUGUGUGCGCUGCUCUGCAGAGGGGUAGAGUUAGUUGGAGACCCCGGAGGAGUGGAGCCCUGUCGGGCUGUCACAGGCGGCUCCUGGAGAGCGGAGGUGCGAUAUGCUGCAGGCUGGACCUUGAUCGCUUGGAGUUGGCGGAGUGUUGCGGGAUUUGUAGCCGUGUCUGUGGAUGUUGUAGCGGGCAGGAUGAAGACCCUUAUGGCCACCUCCGAGCACAGCUCCCCCCGGCGCAAGGACAAGUGCGAGGCUGAGUCCGAGCGCCAGAGGACCCGGGAGCGCCUGGAAGCCACCCUGGCGGGGCUCGGGGAGCUGGCACACCUGCGGCACCGGCAGGAGACCCUGGUGAAGGCUGCGCUCUGCCCGCCCAUGGCCACUGAUGCCCCGGCUAUAAAAGGGGACAGUCCCCGGAGUCUGGAGGAAAGGUUCCUGGAGGAGAACAUCCUGCUGCUCAAGAAGCAAUUGAACUGCUUGAGAAAGAGGGAUGCUGGCCUGUUAACCCAACUACACGAGCUGGACAAACAGAUCAAUGACUUAAAAAUAGACGUCGAGAAGACAACUGAAGAGCAUUUGGAAACUGAUAGCCGUCCCAGUUCAGGAUUUUAUGAGUUGAGUGAUGGGACAUCGGGAUCUCUUUCCAACUCCUCCAACUCGGUCUUCAGUGAAUGUUUAUCCAGCUGUCAGUCUAGCACCUGCUUUUGCAGCCCCCUCGAAGCAUCAUUAAACAUCCCAGAUGGUCAACCAAGAUCAGCAGAAGACUUCUUUGAAUGGUUGGACUAUAGAGAAGGCCAGUGUGAAAGUACAGGAACUGUGCGUCGCUCCUUUUCGGCACCCCAUUCUAAUACCACUGAAGUUGUUGCUGAUGUACAUCCCAAGUACCAGUGUGAUCUCGUCUCCAAAAAUGGCAAUGACAUAUACAGAUAUCCAAGCCCUCUCCAUGCUGUAGCCGUGCAGAGUCCCAUGUUUUUAUUAUCUAUGAUGGGCAAUGUAAAAGCAGAGGAAGAGGCUGAAAUGGGUGCAAAUAUGAAUGACUCUUUAGUGCCUGAACUGGACUCCCUAAAACAUGAAGACUCUUCUCAACAGAGUAGUUUUUGCCCUGCGCCUCUACCUUCCAGUAAAAAAUUGGAUGGCUACAUUUUAGGCAUAAUUCAGAAAAAAUCACAUCCCGUACGGACUAACAAACCCAGAACCAGUGUAAAUGUAGACCCGGGAAAAGGCAUUUUACGACAUGGGAGUAUAUGUGUCAAACAGACUGGUGGCAUCUCUCAUAACAGCACCACUAACAUGAAGAAUCCUAAACAGCCAUGUUUACAUUCCUCUGGAGUAACCUCUGUGGAUAAUAGCACUUACCCGUCUCUUAAACAGUGCGCUAAAGAAUCUCAAAGUGAACAGCUGGAAAGUAAAAAGAUGCCUUCAGUCCUGAGUUACCAACCUGGUAAUAUUACUGAAAUUCAAAGCCAAAACAAUUCAUGGAACUCUGUGAAGCCGGUCUGUCAAAACCUUGGAAGGGGCCCUGUGGUUGGAACAUCAAAUAUUCCCAAAGAACUGCAUGUAAAUCCCUUGCCUUCCAGCAAUCCCUUCCCAAACAUUUCCAAUCCACUUUGUAAUGGAUCUCCCAAGGAACCACUCGCUACCCUCCCUCUUCCUCAGGAGGUUAAAAUUGUGCCACCACCACCAAAAAGGAUUUCACCCAAAAAUACUAUUAACUCUUAUAAUGGAUCAUCUCAUGAUGAGAGACCUCCAUUAGACUUCAAGAGUGAAGGUUCCUCUUCUCAGAGCUUAGAUGAAGGACUGUUGGUCAAUGCACACUAUAUUCCCGCACAGCAACAGGGUGUUAAACUGCAUAAAAGUACCAAAAAUGUAAAGCUUGUUAAGAGCUCAACGCUAAAACACAAGUCAAAUGUAGUGAAUGUUAUGGAACAUGGCUCUCAGACUUUGAAGGACAAGGGUAAGGUUGUAACAAAGAAAUGUAGGUUCCCAGAUGACUUGGAGGUAACUAAAAAAGUUAGGAAGGUUUCUCCGAGAGGUAAAAAGAUUGUUCAUUCGCAAGUAGAGACUGGAGUUGUAGGUAAAAAUCCAGGGGGAAGCAAGUCUGUCAAUAAGCCUCAUGGACAUGCAAAAGAUGUGGUUUUGGCUAAGCCUAGACAUAAAAGAGGAGACUAUCGAAGGUGGAAGUCAUCAGCUGAGAUAUCUUACGAAGAGGCUUUACGAAGAGCAAGACGGCGAAACCAGAGAGAAAUUCUUGGUGUUUAUGGUCAAGUUCCUGUUCCAUAUGCUAGCCCGUAUACCUACAUAGCUAGUGACUCUGAGUAUUCGGCAGAAUGUGAGUCUUUGUUUCAUUCCACUGUUGUAGACACCAGUGAAGAUGAACAGAGCAACUACACCACAAACUGUUUUGGGGACAGUGAGUCUAGUUUAAGUGAGGUUGAAUUUGUAGGUGAGAGUACAACGUCAAGUGAUACAGAUGAGAGCGGAGGACUUAUUUGGUCUCAGUUUGUUCAUACUCUUCCCAUGCAGGCGGCCGCCGCGGCUGACCUCCAAACCACAGCCAAGGCCUUUGUCAAAAUAAAAGCCUCUCACAACCUAAAGAAGAAAAUUCUUCGCUUUCGAUCUGGGUCUCUAAAAUUGAUGACGACAGUUUGAAGCAUCAAAUGUUUUCCUACUGUUCUUGACCCCAUUUCUCACUUUGUAAAUAAAUUUGUAUCAUUUGUGCAAAUAUGUAAAAGGUUUACAGUAACUUAUGUUGAUUUGUGAAAAUGUUUUCGCUACUUCCGAAAAUUCUGUAUCAGUACUCAAUGUAGACACUGGUGACUUCUCCUCAACCCAACCCUACGAAGUUUGGCAAAAAAACUGUCCAAGAUCAAGAUGGUAUUUAGGAUCCACCCUUCAGCUUAUAACAUUAGAACAGUUUUGGACAUUAUCUUAACAUUCCGUCUGAAGUUGCACCUUUUUUAUGUGUCGGAAGCAAUUUGCCUCUUUUCAACCAUACUGUUUUUGUUUUUCUUCUGAAGGAUUGUGAAUCCAUUGACGCAUAUAGAACUUGCCAGAGUGGGAGGGAACGUAUCACAGACCCUCUUCCAGUAUAAUGGUUGGGUCCCUUCCGUUAAAUAUUUGCAUGCAUUAUGCAUGGAAAGUAUCGGUUCCCAUAUGCCUUUUUUUAUUAUGGGCUUUAUGUAUACUAUAAUCCUAUGUAUUUUAUAUAUUUUGUAAAUUAUAUAACACAUUUUACAUGGUAAUAAACUGUCUGCUUUAAUGCUGUUUAAAAUUAUUAAAUUGGAAAAGAACAA